AUGCGAUUGCGACAGACUGGUGUUUUCAAUAUGUCUGCUUCGCCAUCGACUCUUCUUCGCGAGGAGGGCAAUAAGAUAUACAAGUCGGCAUGUGCGCAUGGAAUUGGACAUGUUAUCCAAAUUGAUAGACUUCAAAGAGCAAGGAACUUGUAUCAGAGGGCCUUUGAUGCUGACGGAAUUGAUGAUGACAAAUGUUCUGCGGCCAAAAAUCUGGCUCUUUGUGAAUGGCGGAUAGGAAAAUUGCAAAUUUCAAAACAAGCUAGAAUAGAACUUAUCGUCCACAACUUUAAAGAGGCUCUGAAAAAUUAUCAAUAUGCAUAUAUAAAAGGCAAUAUAUGCAAAGAUGGUAAUUGGUUUAAUGAUAUCGCCUCAAAAUAUGUUGAAUGUUUCAGAGACAUCGAAAAUUUUCUUUCCGAAUUUUCAUUUGAGUGCAGGAUUAGGAACCUUACAUCAAUUGUUCAACUUCUUUCUGUUCCCGAUGUUAUUGCUAAUGUCUAUGUUCAGCUUGCUCAGCACCAUUUUCAUGAAGGGAUCAACGCAUGGCAAAAGGGGGAUUAUAUGAAAUGUAAACAUCAGAUGGCCGAGUGUCACUUCCCUAUGCAUGAGGCUAGAAAACAUGGAAAGGAACUACCAGAUAUUCUCAGUGAGGUGGAGGUAUUGGAAAAUGAUGUACACAUGCACAUGUGCAUUGCAGAAUCAUCAAAAGCCAGACAAACGGGAGACGAGUUACUGGAGAAAAUCACCCGUUACUAUGAGACAAUGGACAUGAACAUGGUGUGGGAUAUAAUAGACUGGUACAAACAGUCGAUUCUUCUCGCCAGAGAGCUGGACAUGGAGCAAGAGGCCAUAUCGCUAGCCAGGAUAGGAAACGUGUAUGCAAAGGUUCUGAAAUUCAAACCUCAGGCGAAGGAGUAUUUUAAAAGGGCCAUUCAGAUGGCUGCAUCUAUGGCACCCCGCACGUUCGUUUCAUGUGAUUGGUACAAGGAAUGCACUGAAAUGCUGAAAAAAUAUCAAGAGGAAACUGUCAUGCAUGAACAAGAACAGCAAGACAAGGAAAAAGAAAAGGUUAAAGAAGAAAUUAAGAGCGAACUAGAAGGGAUCAAGGAAAAACACAUGAAAAUGACUAAUAUUGAGUUUUUGAAAUAUGUAUAUGUCACUUAUCCACCAAAAAAUGAAGCAUUCAAGCUGGAAAAAGACGCCGAGGAAAAUAUUAAGAAAACCUUACAAAAAGCAGUUACCCACUAUCAUCCUGAUAGAUCUGAUCCGGAUAAAAACGGAUUGAAAGGGAAAGUUUUGACUGAAGAAAUUACAAAGUUUCUCACGAGAAGAUACGAAAUUCAAAAAGAAAUAUCUUAAGUUUCUGAAAAACAAACUGCACAUAGAGCAAGUGAGAUAAUAGUGUAGGAGUACUUUAUACGGAGAAGGAUUUUAGUUCAACAAAUAUUGUUAUGAACAUUUUCAAUGCAUGUUUAAUUGCACAGAAUAACUUCGGAAAUUAAUUUGAGCUGUAAAUAAUUGCAAAUUUGUAUGGUUAAACAAACUUGUAAACUUACGAUUCUCCAUCACAUGGAGGAUACAUAAAUGCAUUAAAUAAAUAACCAAAAAAUCAAGUAGCUUUCUGAAAGAUUAGAAACUAGCCU